AUGGACAAAGUUAUAUUAAAUCAGGCAAGACAACAACACCUGUUAGAAGACAUAUUCAUACAACUUAAAGCUAAUAAUGAUGAAAGCAUUUAUGAUGAAGAUGAUAUUAUAUUUGAAGGAUUUCCACUUGAUAGCUUGGAUAGAUUGAAUGAAAUUAAUAUUACUCUUAAGAGUGACAAAUUGUUUUCAAGAAAAUUGGUAAAAAAGCUUAGACAAUUCCAUGGUCCAAGUGGAUGA